AAAUUGAAUAUUUUUUUAAAUUAACCUCCGAUUUAUAGAAAACACUAUAUUAAUUAAUAAUAAAAAAUCAAAAAGAAAAUUGUCGUUGAAUUAAAAUUAGGAUCAGUUCAAAGAAUUAUUCGUAAGAUAAGUUCAAAUUAAAAAAACAACAACCGAAACACAGUAACAAAAAUGGUGAUGCUAUGGGAUUUUUUAAUACUGUUUUUGUGCAUUGUAUAUAUCGGAAAAGGCGACAUAUUACGAUUAGACGCUUGUAACAAGUUUUCUGCAAUCUUCAAUGUCGUAUUUGAAAAUUCUCUGCUAGAAAAAACAGUGUAUUCGCUGGUUGAGAAUAUCAAUCUUAAUCGCUGCUUAACAAUUUGUAUGCAAUACCCUAAGUGUAAAUCAUUCAGUUACAUGCUCCAUCAUUCGCAAUGCAGAAUACAUCAAUCUACCAGUGCUGACAAGGAAACUGUUUUACAGGAUGUGGUUGGAUGGGUUCAUUAUGAAACAUCAAAGAAUGAGCCAAAUUUGGGUCCUAUUUGCGAAGAAAGAAAACCUUGUUAUGGCAGAUGUGUGGAUACUUGCGAUACCAAAGGCUAUAAGUGCGAAUGCAAAGGAGAUUGGGUUCUGCUGAAACGCAACCUCUGCUUUGGAGCACAUGCAAACGAGUUUGGUACAUUUGAAAUACAACAUGAUGCAGUUAUAAGUGCUAUGAAAUUGGUGUAUGUGGGUGGAGGUGGUGUCACCUGUUAUCAAGGUUCACCACUAACAAAGUGGGGAUGCGAGUAUACACCACCUCCAUUUGUCAGAGAAAAUGUCGCUACAGUUAUUACAGACGAUCAAAAUAACAUACUUUACCCAUCCAAAGUUUACGACAAAACUUUAGGCUUCUUCUUUGUACCAGGAUACAACGCCGACUCUUCCUUUUUGAUUUUCAAUGCCACUAAUCACACUGUCCAUCAAGGACAAAAGUUGAGAUUACAUUACGGUGAAGCUUUACUUUCUCCUUACCACUAUAACAACUUUGGCCAAUCUUGUGCGGAUAUCUAUGCAAAGCUGUGUGACGCAUAAAUAUAUUGAUGUGAAGAUUUUCGAAUAAAGUACAUGAUUUGUUGAGCUCACAAUUUUUUUAAUGACAACUAUUUAGCAGGAAACAUGUUGAAGAUAAAAAAUAAAUUAAAAGCAACCACAAGGCUGAAUUUUACAGUUUCUGUCUUUUUCAAAAAAUCGCAACAUAAAUGGGAGCCCAGCUAGCGGAAUUGUUUCUAAUUGUCCUGUGCCAAGCAUUAUUUGUACAAAUUUUCAUAAUAUAAAACCCAACACAAUUACAGUUUGAUUUGUGACGCAUCUAUGUAUAAAUUGUUAAAUGAUAAACUUUUUUUUAAUAACAAUUAAUGUUUUGCACUAAUUAAAUUUGCUUAGUGUGAAAUACUAUUGUAAUAUGUUCGAAUCGAAAAAGAACCGAAAGAUCCAAAAUUCGAGAAAGUUCGCGCGCACGGGUUUAUGCGCUCUUUAUGGACAUUUUUAUUCAUGUGAGAACUCGUUUCUUGUAUUUAAUUUGACACAAGAAGAAGAAUAACAUAACAUUGUAGUAAAAACCUAUGUUUUUUAUAGGAAAAAUCCACGGACACACCCAGGGCAUAAAAUAAUGGAAAGAAAGCGUCGUAAUCAGCCCUUCAUUUCAUCGUAAAAGAUCGUAAUCACAAAAAAAUUGAGAAGAGCGUUUUUAAGUAACACUUUCUACGAACCAGUGAUGUUUAAAUUUCUCAAAUUUCAAUAUUAACAGCGUCGUUGAACUUAAUUUUAACGUUAGUGAGUCUUGAUUGCGUCAGUAUAUUCCAUUUUCUCGACAUUUUUUACCUUUCUGGUUCGUACCACAGGU